ACGUGACAGAAGACAGAAGCAGCUGGUUGAAUUCUGAAGUUUAUAAUGAUAUACUAUCGGCCCAGAUUCAGCCAAAUGGAGCAAAGUUGAUUGGACUGUGCUUCAUAAUGGAUGAAUUCUCAUAACAUACAGCACAAGAAACAAGUCUUUUAAGGUAAAAAAAAUUGGAAUAUUCUGCAAUGGCCAAGUCAAUCUCCUGAUUUCAACCCGAAUUGAGCAUGCAUUUCACUUGCUGAAGACAAAACUAAAGGCAGAAAGAUCCACAAACAAUCAACUCAAAUCAGCUGCAGUAAAGGCCUGGCAAAGCAUCACAACGGAGGAAACCCAGUCUCUGGUGAUGUGCAUGAGCCCCCAUGUUUUUAAGUUUUCAAGUUACUCGAACUGAAGCCUGUAAUUUUUAUUCGGUGUUUUGUUCUCAAAACACGUUUGAAAGUCAAACAGUGCUAAGUGACAGUGAGGAGGAUGCGCGUGUUCACUGGCGCGUGACUGGAAAGAUGCAGCGCGCGGAGUCAAGCCUGGUUCGACACUGCGCGGACACGCGAGCCACAGGAGCGCGUCUGGUGAGGCGCAUCGAGUACGCACUCGCGAUUCAGCCUGCAGCGUGUCCUGAAGACCCUGGGACAAGAGCACUGACAUUACAUUUGCUCAUUUGGACCUAUUAUUUUUUUUCCAACCCAAUCUUACAACAUCAAAACAAACUUUUUCGCUUCUCCGCUGAAAUGCCUUUUCCUCUGAUUAUUUAUUGAUCAUGGAUCCUCUAUACAUCGCCUCACAGAACUCAAGCGGCAACGGGACCAGCGGUUCUUCGGUCAAUGACACGGACGUGUUCUCGAACCAGUUUGUUCAGCCGGUGUGGCAGAUAGUUCUGUGGGCUAUCGCGUACUGCUGUAUAGUUCUGGUGUCGGUUGUUGGAAAUGUCACUGUCAUCUGGAUCAUUUUAGCGCAUAAGCGCAUGAGAACUGUGACCAACUAUUUUCUAGUCAAUCUUGCGUUCGCAGAGGCUUCAAUGUCGGCUUUCAAUACCGUUAUUAACUUUGUGUAUGCAGUGCAUAACGAGUGGUACUUCGGACUUGUUUACUGCAGAUUUCACAACUUCUUUCCAAUAGCAGCUGUGUUUGCUAGCAUUUACUCCAUGACAGCAAUAGCCCUGGACAGGUACAUGGCUAUCAUCCACCCACUCCAGCAGCGCCUGUCGUCCUCUGAGACCAAGCUGGUGGUGGGGGUGAUCUGGGCCCUUGCGCUGCUCCUGGCUUUCCCCCAGUACUAUUUUUCCAGCACUGCACAGCUGCCAGGACGUGUCGUGUGCUACAUCAACUGGCCAGAGUACAGCGUGUGGGAUUUUCAAAAGACGUAUUACGUCUGUGUGGUUGUACUUAUCUACUUUCUGCCUUUGCUCAUCAUGGGUUGUGCUUACCUGGUGGUGGGAUGUACUCUCUGGGCGAGUGAGAUUCCUGGAGACUCUUCAGACCGCUAUCGAGAGCAGCUAACCGCCAAACGGAAGGUGGUGAAGAUGAUGAUUGUCGUUGUGUGCACCUUCGCCAUCUGCUGGCUGCCCUACCAUGUCUACUUCCUGCUGCAUCAGUUCCUUCCCCACUUGUUUGAGGAAUGGUACAUCCAGCAGGUGUACUUAGGAAUUAUGUGGCUUGCCAUGAGCUCCACCAUGUACAAUCCCAUUAUCUACUGUCUUCUCAAUGACAGGUUUCGAGCUGGAUUCCAGCAGGCAUUUUCCUGGUGUCCUUGUGUCCCUCAAGGCUCAUAUGAAGGUCUGGAGCUCAAGUCAACUCGCUAUCUUCAGACGCAGGCCAGCAUUUACCGUGCAAGCCGAAUGGAGACCACAGUAUCCACAGUGAUGCCGGUUAUCGAGGGGGACCUUCAGGAGAAUACAAAUCGAUGUUCAAUAGAUCUCACGUCUAAUGGUUCUUCACAAAGCGCCUCCAAGACCGUAUCAGAGUCAUCCAGCUUCUAUUCUAGCAACAAUUUAGCCUAGAAAGGAAUUUAGGAAUUACUUUCAGUGUUAAAAUACCAAUCUUUUGAGGAUAAGGGCAAAUGAUACACGUUCCAUGGAAGGUUGUAAUUUGAGAUACACAACAAACCAAAACAGGUUUUUAGGUUUUAUUGGGGAUGAAAGGCUAAUGUGUGAAAACUUUAUUGUAUACUGGUCAACAUGACAUCUAAAAACUGUGGAGCAUUAAUACUGUCUUUGUGUUUAGCGAAAUUUUACUAUUUGACGGAGCCGGCUAGAAAUCAUUCCUGUAAGUGUUCACCCCAAUCAACAUUUGCUCCAGGACCUAGUUGGUUUGUUUAGGAAAGCUUGACCAGCUGAUCCCCUUGGCAACGAUAUGUCUGUCGUUACUGCUGGUUAUUGAUGAUACGAUAGCCAGCAUGACGACGUGGAAGGGUCUGCACCUGUCGUUGCAUAUUACUGGACUACGAAGGCGACAUUGUAAAGGAUUUGUCUGGAAGGCAGAGGGUCAUGAUAAUUAUAGCGCAGCGAGACAGAAAAAUGGACUUUGUACUUACACAGCUACUUCCAUUUAUAUCACCAUAAUUCUCUGUUAACUCCAGAGUUUAUUAUUAGCAUGCAGUUGAUUAUUGGUUGCAGCUAUACUGCCUUUACAAAGAAGACCAUGUUAAAUGCAUUUUACUGAAGUUAUAUUUCUUUUUAUCAUUUUAAGUCUAUAAUAUUUUUGUAUCUUUCAAUAACAGUGUUUUGUAAAUAAAAACCAAGCUUUUGUUUUGUGGCAACUGAUUGCAUUAUCUUGAUAAAAAAGAAAGUGUAUAAAUAGCUAAAGAUAUUCAUAGAGGUUGUGCACUGUGAAUAUAAGGGCAUAAUAUCUGGUUUGACAUGUCUAGCUUGUACAGAAAUUCCUGUGACAACUUCAGAUCUUUCUCAGCAUUAUAAAAGCUAGAUACCAGUUAAGUUCUUGUUUUAUGUGAGGUCCAUUUUCUUGCACGGUGGUUGCUGUACAUCGGUGUAUAAUAUCAUGAUGUUGUUUGGUAUGGCUUGUGCUCGCUUUACGUGCCUUUUCAGCCCAAAUUGUAGAGGUUCUUGCUUUGUUGGGCAGGUGUGAGAGCUGCUUUGAUGCUUGCAGAGGAACAAAAGAGCAGCGAUGUUGCACCUUUUGAACUGCUGUGCAGCUGCAUGCACUAGCAUCUCCUCUUUCGUGAGAUUUCAGCCCUCUUAAUGGACACAUGCUAAAACUGACAGAAACACAGUACUGGUUAGACUUGCUUUUACAUAGUGUGACAAAUCACCAGCUGCAUGAUCUUUUUUUUUUUUUUUUUAAUCUUUAUCUGUUUGGUUUGUGUUGUAUUCAUUGUCCCAACCAGAUUUUUGAACGACAUAUAUUUUACCAUGAACACAUUUUUUGGGACCAUAAUAUAAAGGUUAUGCAUCAUGUAAGGACAUAUAUGAGAUUGAAUGGGUCCAUGUCUGUUGGAUUUGAGAUCUAGAAGGUAGUAUGCUCUAAAAGUUAAGUUGAUUUCAUUUUUAGCAGACACGCAUUUAUAAUCUACAGUAUUUCUUUUCUCUAGAAUAUGGACCAAAACUGUUAAUUCAGGUUGUCAACAAGGACAUAAACAAUUUCUUUGUCCAACCAAAUGCUCUCUCCAGUCUUUUGCAAUUGUAAGCAAAAAUCGUGGUUUUAAGAAAGACAUAACCAAAAGGCCAAAAAGAUGCUGUAAUUCUCAUCCCAACUUCCUGUUACAAUAUUACACUC